AUGGGCACAUGGUCUUUGGUUGGAGCAGUGGGUGCUGCUGCUGUGGCUGGUGUGGCUGUCCUGUGUAAUCUGCCCUCUAACCCAUUUGUCAAGUCACCUGAAAAUGCAACCUUGGAUUACCUGUCCAAUGCAAGACUUCAAACAUUUGAUAGUGAACCAAGAGAGUUCCAGGCUUCAGAAUUGUGGGAAAAAAAUGGUGCUGUGAUUAUGGCAGAAGCCCUAGGGCUGUCCUCUCUCAAACCCCAGCUUGAUGCCCGUGGUGUGCCUCUGUACGCUGUUGUACAUGAGACCCUUGGCGUCGCUGAAUUCCAGCCAUUCUUCAAAGGGGAAAUUUUCUUGGACAAAGAG